AUGCCUCGAGGUCAGAAGAGUAAGCUCCGUGCCCGUGAAAAACGCUACCAGACCCGUGCUAAGGCCCAGACCCAGGGUCUGGAGGGUGCUCAGGCUAUUGCAGCAGAGGAAGGAGAGCCCUCCUCCUCUGCCUAUCCCCUCCUUGAAGGCAGUGCUCAGAAUGUGCCUGCUGCUGAGACACCUAGCACUCAUAAGGAGCCUCAGAAAACCCCAUAUAGCACCAGUGAUACUGAUGUAGCUGUCUCAUGCACUGAUUCAAAUGAAGGUGCCAAUAAACAAGAUGAAGAAAGCCCAGAAUCCUCAAAAGCCUUAGAGGGCUUUCGCAGAGAUCCUUUAAACAAGAAGGUCGUUUUGUUGGUGCAGUUUCUCCUGAAGAAGUAUCAAAGUAAAGAGCCAAUUACAAAGGCAGAUAUGCUGAAAUUUGUUAUAAAAAAGUACAAGCUUCAUUUCAAUGAGAUCCUCAGAAGAGCCUCUGAGCACAUGGAGCUGGCCUUUGGUAUUGAUUUGAAAGAAGUGGAUCCCAACAAGCACUGGUAUGCCCUUGUCAGCAAGCUAGACCUCACCUUAGAUGGAACGAUGAAUGAAGAAAACAUGCCUAAAACCGGCCUCCUGAUGAUUGUUCUGGGUGUAAUCUUUAUGAAUGACAAUUGUGCCCCUGAGGAAGCCAUCUGGGAAGUGCUGAAUUUGAUGGGUGUCUAUGCUGAUAAGAAGCACUUAAUCUAUGGGGAGCCCAAGAAGAUCAUCACUGAAGAUUUGGUGCAACUGAAGUACCUAGAGUACCGCCAGGUGGCUGACAUUGAUCCUCCACGCUAUGAAUUCCUGUGGGGCCCAAGAGCCCAUGCUGAGACCAGCAAGAUGAAAGUCCUGGAGUUCUUAGCUAAGGUCUAUGAUACCGUUCCCAGUGCCUUCCCACUCUGGUAUGAAGAGGCUUUGCGAGAUGAGGAAGACAGAGCCCAAGCCAGAGCUGCAGCCAGAGCUCGUAUUGCUGCAAAUGUACCCUAG